UCCAAUCCUACACGAAAGAUCCUCGUAUUGCGCCAAGCACAUGUGGAACCAUGCCUGUUAAGCGGGUCGGCCAUCGUAAAUCACGGAAAGGAUGUCUUCGCUGCAAGGCGCGCCAUGUUAAGUGUGACGAGCAGCGUCCCUGCGGAGAUUGUGUGCGACACGAUGUUCCCUGCAGCUUGGUCACAUCUGACGACUCACGCCCGUCUUCUGGUUCCGGGGACGUGCUAAACGACAACACGACGUUUGCGACGGCCGGAAGCCCUGUUGUUGACAGGCGAGAGUCUCAUAGGAAUGUUCUGUCCCGCUCUCCUCUGUCAGAAGUGUCCUCUGGUCUAGUGCCCGCUAGUUUCGUCGAGGAAAGUGCGGGUGUCAUCAAACGUCCAGAAUGGAUGCAAAGCCUGCGGCUCCUCCAUCAUUAUUGCUCUAGUGCUUAUUCUGUACUCGCCCGUGAACCAGAAACAGCCGACCUCUGGAGAUUGGUCGUGCCGCAAAUUGCUUGCUCUCACGAGUGCCUGAUGCAUGGCCUGCUGGCUCUCUCAGCACUACACUAUGCUCACGCUCACCCGGACCAACGGAGAGAGUAUGCGAUUAUAUCUUCUGCCUACCAGGACUUGGCGCUGCAACAUUUUUCACCCUGCCUUCAUACUAUCAAUGAGGAGAACUGCGUGGCCUUCUUCCUCCUCGCCACCUUCAUUGUUGUGCUGGCACUGGCUACUAUUGCAAACCCACAGGAUGAAGAUAAAGUAAUUACGGCGAAAGACGUUGCUAGCAUGUUCUCACUCAUGCCAGGACUGCAAACCAUCCUGGACUUCAAACCGAUGGAGAGAUGGCGGCGAGAAGGGCCCUUGGGCGUCCUCCUCCAGCAGUUCGAAGAGCCACCCAGGAUAUCACCCAACAGUAUGUUUCAGCGUCGGAUGGAAAAGCUUUCCGUCCUAGCACUCAUCAACGACCGAUCGGCCUGCCUGAUCGCUAUCGAAUCGCUUUCCAGUACCUACGCGAUUACCACGAACAACGAGCCGCUUCUUAGUGCACGCUGGGUCUGGGCUUGGCCAAAUACUUUGCCACAGCUGUUCAUUGAUAUGAUAGGGAAUAGCCACCCAUUGGCACUUGUUAUUCUUGCACAUUACGCAGCUUUGACUCGAGCAUUCGAACAUCAGAGCUGGCUAAGCCAAGGUUGGAGCACGAGCGUCCUACACGUGGUGGAGCAUGACUUGGACCCGUCUUGGAGAGAUUGGAUCAUGUGGCCGAAGAAAUGUGUGGAAAAUGGGCACAUUUCUGACGAUAUGGACGAGGACACGCCCUUCGUAGCUGUUGCAGAGCCGGGUGGUUCCGAAAAUUGA